AUUACAAGCAUGAUGGCAUCCCAAACUACUCUUAAAAAGAAAUUUGUGGAGCUUCGGGAAGCAAAGCAAAUUCAGCCAAGCUCACUCUCCAAGAUCCAAAAGGCUCCAGAAUAUCUCCGAAAUAGAAAUGAUUUUGAGAAGAAAUUCACACCCAAGUUGGUGUCAAUAGGUCCCAUCCAUCAUGACAACAAAAAUCUCAAGUUAGGAGAGAACUAUAAGCUUAAUUGGGCAACAAAUUACAUCCAAAACACCCCACACACUCCAGAAUUUUUACACGCAAUAAUUGCCGAUAAAAUUCAUGAACUAAUGGAUCUUUUUGCAGACGAUGUUUUAGCUUUAGCCAAUAACGCAGAGUCUCUAAAAGGCUUCAGCAGCCUUGAAGAAAAGCUGUCAUGGCUGUUGUUCGUGGAUGGAUGUUUUUUGCUGUAUAUUUUGAUGAGUCUGGAUGCGGAGCAAGUUGCUGAACUGGAACAUGUGGAUAUUAUGGUUGAUCAAUUUGAAGAUAUUGAUUUGGCAAAUCAGAAUAUUAAGGUUGAUCAACUUGCGCUUGUGAUGAAUGAUGCGAUGUUGUUGGAGAAUCAGCUUCCAUAUCAAGUACUGAAGUUGUUGUGGAAAAAUGACAACGAGGAUGAAUUGAUAAGAACUAUGGAGACUUUUCUCAAAUGUUAUCAGCCCACACUGGACAUUCAACAAAAAUUACCAAAUGAGCCACAGCCACCAACUCAUCUUCUUGAUCUUCAUCGUAAAAUCAUCCUCACUAAAUCUAAUCGCAAGAAGAAGCAAAGAAUUGUGAGGCAUUCAAUAGCAAGCAUGGAGAUGCCACACUGGAAUAUACAAUAUCUAAGAGAAAUAGGAAUAAAUCUUAAAUCAAGUCAGUCACAAAGUCUAACAGACAUAUGUUUCUCGGAGAGUAGGUUUGCUGCGGAAUUGACUCUUCCUAAGAUUCUUAUGGUCAAUUCCACCACUGCUUCUUUGUUGAAUCUGAUAGCAUAUGAGAUGUGCCCAGAUUUUAUGAACAACUACGGAAUAUGUUCAUUCUUGGGUUUCAUGAACACGCUCAUUGACAAUGCCGAAGAUGUGAAGAUAUUGAGAUCAAAAGGUAUUUUGGGUAAUUUACUCGGGAGAGAUGAGGAAGUUGCUGAACUUUUCAAAAACAUUGGUGCUGACUUGGUAUGUAACCCAUUUUUAUAUUCUGAAGUUGUAGCUAAAAUACACGAACAUCAUCGCUAUAAAAUAUGUAAGAUUUGGUUAGCGCAAGCUUAUCACAUUUAUCUCCGCAAUAAUCCUUUGGCUAUCACUGGUUUCUGUGCUGCGGUUACUGCACUUUCUCUCACUUUCCUUCAAACAUGGUUAUCCAUUUUCCCGCCCUCAAGAUAGCUUAAAAACAUGGUUUGCUCUAGAAUUGUCUUCUUGUCAGGAAAACUACUCUACUUCUCAAAGGAUUGUAUUGAACUUUUUUUUAAUCACUUCUUGUGUCUUCACUAUGAGAAUCUCAAAUGAAGAGUGAUUUUUGUUUUGUGCGUGACUUAUUAAUUUUUAUUUUUAAAGAGGUGUGUAUUGUUGAAUAUGUAACUCUUCUUGCCUUCGAUUGAGUCGAAGUAGUGUACGUUCGACAAUGUAGAAUAAAGUCUAUAUUACCUGUCACAUUUGAUAGAAAGUCAAACAUAAUUUAUCGAAGUCUAAUGUUAUAGUUUGUUUGAGAAUUACUUGGUGGACAAGUAAUCCCAUUAUAAAUUGGGAGAUACUCUACUAUUGUAAAGUGUGUUGAAUAAGAGAAAUUU